AUGGUAAGCGGGGAACACAGUCUAAGCCCAAAAAUGAAGCAACCAGUUUCUGAUCAGAACGUGUCCAAGACUCACAUCUCACCCUCACGUCACAGCUUUCGUUCGAAACCUUCUUCUAAAAAUGGGAGAAGUAAGAGGAAAAACAGUGGUCGUCCCUGUACAUCUGUGAACCUCCAAGCAUACGACCUGAAUGACCAGUCCUCAAACAGCCCUUACUACAAAGGUCUCACUGAUCAAUCCCUUGCUAUCGUUGACACCAUCGCUUCUUGUCCUCCACCUCAUGCCCAUCCACUCCUUCCAUCUAGUCCUUAUUACAAAGGUCUCACUGAUUAUUCCCUUGUUAUUGGUCCUUGGAACCCUUCACAUCACCACCAUCCUAUUCCUCCCAACAACUCCCUUUCCUACGAGUCUAGUCCUUACUAUUUAGGUCUCAUUGAUUACUCCCUUGCACUUCAUUCUCCACCCAUUCAACCCCCUCUCCGUGACUCCCACUCUUCUUUCUUCUCCAUGAACAGUGCCUUUUACUUCAAAAAUAGGGAUGAGAUCAUCGACAAACUCUCUUCACCACACUGUUCUUUAUACCCGCCCCAGAUCAAGACUGGCCUUUCUUUGAAGGAGUUGAUGGUCGAUGCUGAUGUUGAUGUUGGUGUUGAUGUUGAUGUUGUUGACUUUCUUAUUGAAGAGAAGCCUCUAUGGGAGAGAAUAUCAGAAGAAGGUAAUGUUGGGAAUGCAUUUGAAGAGGAAACAAAUUUGGGAGAGAUGGAAUUGAUCCAAGAGAAGCCAUUGAGGGAGAAUAUUUUUUUGGAGGAGACUGACACUGAAUUGGUGACAAAGGGAGUCAACGAUGAUGUUGAGAUGGUGAUUGAAGAGAGAGUAUUAGAGGCAAGUAAUGCGGAGAGUGAAUUAGAAGAAAAUGCAGAUGAAACGAUUUUGGAGGAAAUGGAGUUGAUGAGCGAUGAUGUUGGGUUGUUGAUUGAAGAGAAGGCAUUGAGGGAGAGAGUAUCAGAAAGAAGCAAUGUGGUAGAAGAGAUGGAACUCAAAGACCAUCAAAAGGAGAAGAAGGCCUCAGAAUCAGAAGGAGGAAAUGUGAGUGAGGAGGGAAAGGUGUAUUUGUAUACAUGGGCAGCCAAAUACCAGCCCUUCAACUUGGUUGACUUCAUCUGCAACAGAGAUAAAGCACUUUACCUCAAAGCAUUGGUGAAAGACGGGUGCGGCUGUAAACAUUUUAUAUUUGAAGGACCGCCAAAUGUCGGGAAAAGAUCCAUGAUACGCGCUAUGCUUCGAGAGGUAUUUGGAGCUGAUAGAGUGCAGGUCACACAAGAAUGUAAAGACUUCAACUUAAAGGGAGAAAUGGUAGAUCAUCUGCAAGUGCCCGUAAAGAAGUCACUUCAUCAUGUUGAGGUGAAUCUGUCCGAGACAAAGGGAUAUGAAAAGCAUGUAAUUGUUCAGUUAUUCAAGGAAACAUAUGGCAUUACGAUAAAUAACUCGCUGCCUUGUAGUUCAGAUAAUUGUCAAGCAAUCGUCUUGUGCGAGGCCGAGAAGCUAUCCCUUGAAUCCUUGUUGUAUAUUAAGUGGCUACUGGAAAAGUAUAAAGGCUGUAAUAAGGUCUUCUUUUGCUGCUCUGAUGAAUCAAAGCUGGAACCUGUCAAACCACUUUGUACUACUGUCCGCCUUUCACCACCCUCCUGCCAAGAGAUUGUUAAGAUGUUGGAAUAUAUUGGAAUAGAAGAAGGAAUCAAAUUAUCACGCGACUUAGUCAAGAAGAUAACUUUGAGAUCCAAUAACAAUCUACGCCAAGCCAUUCGUUCGUUGGAGGCCACUUGCCGAAACAAAGAUUCCCUCAAAGACGACGAUUUAAUUUUAACCGGAUGGGAAGAAGAUAUUUUCAGCAUUGCCCACAAAAUAACUGAAGAGCAGAGUCCAAGACAGUUGUACGUCAUUCGUAGAAAGCUUCAAAGUCUUAUGAUUCAUGAUGUUCCUCCUGACUUUGUUUACAAGUUUUUGGUGGCAGAGUUAACGGCUCUAGUUGAUGAGUCCCUACUGUCAGGGGUUGCCAAACUGGACAAGGAGUUCAAUAGAGCUAGCGAAUACAAAUUUGAAACUACCAAGCAGUUUGGUCAUCCUCAAAACAAACAAGCGGAAUCAGAUGAGAAGAACAACGAAUCAACCACCAAAAAGUAUGUGUUAACUUACUUAAAAGUCGAAGAGUUUAUAGCGAAAUUCAUGAGCUGGUAUAAGAAAUCGUCUGAAAAAGGCAAUAAGCAGAGCGAACAACUGAUUGCUGGAAAAUAGACUAUAGCUUGUUGCUGCAGCGGAGCUCAACUAUACCUUCUGCUAUGCAUCUCAAAUAU